UCCCCUCCCCCCGGCUGUCAUUCAGAGGCGGAGCUCCGCGCCUCUCUCCUCCUCUCCGUGUGUCCGUGGCCGGCCGGAUGGCUGUCCUACUCCAGGCCGGGGCUUUGGCCGGGUCUCAGCGGCUUGUGUAUUUCUCUUCACCGGCUGCCGUCAAUAGGUCAAAACUAUAGCUGCAAUUGAAGCAUCCUAUGCAUACUAUGUGCUUAUGGCGGCAAGCAUGGAUAAUUGGAAAUGAGCUGCAAUGGAAACUCCUUCGUCAGAGUGAACAGCGAAUCUUCAUCUGGGAUCAAAAUGAGUGACGUGCAGGCGACUGUGGAGUUUUCAGUGGAGCUCCAGAAGUUUUACAACGUAGACCUAUUUCAGAGAGGAUUUUACCAGCUCCGAGCAUCUAUGAAAAUUCCACCGCGCAUUCCACACAGAAUAGAAGCGAGUCUUCUGCGCGUAACAGGCGACGACUUGGCCUUCCCAGCAUCGGUGCAAGAUACUGUUGUCUGCAGUAAAAUUUUCCAAAUUUUGUACAAAAAUGAGGAGGUAGCCGUCAAUGAUGUGAUGAACUUCAAAGUUAAGAUGCUUCUGGAUGAAAGGAAGAUUGAGGAGACGUUGAAUGAACUGGUGUUUCAGCUUUCCAUUGACCUGUAUUUCACAGACACAGACUAUUCACCAAAUGACCCAAACGCCUUGCAACUAAUUAGUAGUCGAAAUUUAAAGUUGCACUUUAACCUACAUAGAGGCCUUCAUCACCACAUCAAUUUAAUGUUUGAUUACUUUCACCUCUCAGUCAUAUCUAUUGUAGUUCAUGGGUCCUUGGUUGCGCUGCAUCAGCCACUCAUCAGCUUUCACCGUGCAAUGAAGAAUACCUGGCUGAACCGAAAUGCUCCAGCCCAGAGCAAGGAGUCCGCGAUCCCAACACUGGAAAGUGUGGUGUUCGGCAGCCACUACACAAAGCAGCUGUCUGCAGAUGGGAACAGCUUUGUGGUCCAGGAAUGUUUCCUACAGCAUGCCUACAACCUUCACUAUACACUCUGUGCCUGCUUGCUGUCGUCAUUUAAGGGAUUAUACAGUUAUUUCAUGACUGUAACCAAGGAGCUGCCCUCUUCACUAAAGCUGGAGUUGGCCAAGCCCCGCAUGCAGGUCCUUUAUGAACGUCUUCUCAGAAGAAAAUACCCGUGGCCUGCAAGAGACGACGCUCUGGAAAAGAUUGAUGUGGACGCCCGUCUCGCAGAACUGUGUGAGGAUGUCAAGAAAAUUGAUAAUCCUGACGAAUUGGCAGAACUGAUUAAUAUGAACCUGGCACAGCUUUGUUCACUGCUGAUGGCGCUUUGGGGACAGUUUCUUGAAGUCAUCGUUUUGCAAGAUGAAAUCACAAGCAUUGUUGCACAGGAACAUCACAUGCUGAGAGUCCGUAGAUUUGCAGAAGCUUUCUUUUGCCUUGAGCAUCCUAGACAAGCUGCCCUGGCAUACCAAGAACUGCACGCCCAAAGUCACCUCCAAAUGUCAACUGCUAUAAAGAGUUCCACUUACUUCAGUUCUCUUCCACCUCUGCCCAUAGAGUGUUGUGAGCUGGACGGAGACUUUAACGUUCUGCCAAUUAUUUUUGAAGAUAGGUAUUUAGAUUACAUUACAGAAGAUUUAGAUGGGCCUUGGCUUGGUGCUAAUAACCUUCAAAAAUCGGAUUCUAAUAAAAUGGAAAAAGCGGACAGUGAAGAUGGAUACGUUUAUGGUCUUGUCAGCCCAGAGCUAAAAGUCGCUUCUGAAGUUUCUGCUCCACACUGGUGUCUAGAAGGUGAAAAGCAGCAGGCUAAAAUGCUAAAGUCUAAAAAUGAAGAUGACAAUAAGUCAAAAGCUAAAGGAAAUAAACUAAUGAGAACAAUGAAACCUGAAAAUCCCAAAAAGAUAGUUAAGCAGAAUUCUAAAGACUCUGUGGUUUUAGUGAGCUACAAAUGUUUAAAAGCUGCUACAGCAGAGGUUAUGUCUAAACCAUUUGAAGGCAGGCCUUCACAUUGUCAUAAAGAUGGAGCUCACUCUAGUCAAGGGUUUCCAACAAGUGACACCAGAUUGUCUGGGGUGCACACGUGGCAAAAGGGACAAAGCUCUCUGCCUUCAAACCUUGUCACAAACAAACCACUUUCUGUAAGUGGCGAGAGUUCCAAGGGAAACCAGAGUAGCCCCUUGGAUUCUGCUAAUCUAAUCGCUUUCUCCACUGUUUCAGGUUCUCCCAGCACACAACAGUCAGGUACUGUGGUCGCGAAAAUGGACAGUGUGCCUCAACAAGCUGAAAGGGGCAGUGUUGGUCAAUCCACAGGACCUUCAGGAGUCAGGACAAUACAGGUGAAGCCAAGUACCAAGAACUCCUAUGAAGGUGAAAAAGUAACGGUUAUAUUUUCCUCCAAGUCUGAGGUAUUGCGAGAUGUUACCAUUAAGGAUGGAAUUCCAGGACAUGGGUUUCCUGCUUUGCCUGGUGGAGUAACACCAUUACAGGAGACAGAUUCAGUGUUUGAAAAGGAUGUGGCAGUAGAUACAAAUAUAAAAUUAUCAGGAAAUGGAGACUCACUCUUGAAGCUAAAAAACCAGCCACAUCCUACCUCAAAAGAGAUCCACAUAGUAGUGAGUGGGGAUACAAUAAAGUUACCUGAUCUUAGCAUUACCUGUGCAUCUUCAAGAUUUUCUGAUUCCGGUGUAGAAAGUGAACCAAGCUCUUUUGCGACUCAUCCAAAUCCAGAAUGCUGCUUGGAAAAUGUAAUAGAGCAUGGUCCUGUUUCAUCUGAUAAAGUAUUUUCACAGUUAUUGCUCAAACCAGAAUCUAAUCUGAAAACUACUGUUGAGAGCCACUGUACAGAAAGCACGAGUGCCCUAAGUGAAAUCCAGUCGUCUUUGACAUCUAUUAAUUCCUUGCCAUCCGAUGAUGAACUUUCACCAGAUGAAAGUUCAAAGAUCUCAGUUGUACCUGAGAGCCAGGUGAAAGAUAGCAAGACUGUCCUAGACUUGGGGAGUGUUGAUGUGCCAAAGUUUGAUCUUAAAAAGUCCAACAUUCUCACACAGCCUCAAUGUGUUGUGUUUUCAGAAAGUGAAAAUAUCCCAGUGCAUUCCUCCCUUUCAAGCAUCAGAGACCUAUUCCAGUUUGCUAUUUCUGAUGAGGAAACUCCAAAUGAAGUAAAGAGUAUUCCGGUUCCACUGCCAGGUUCUAUAACCACUUUUCGAGAACCUCAAAUUCCAGAAACCGUACUUUAUAGCUCCCGUGUUUCACUUGAUCCAGAGGUUAUUGUGGUUGGAGAACAAUCUGUGGUUUCUGGUUCAGUUGUUAUUGAUGAUAUUGGUGUGGAACCAAAAGAUACUAAGCAGGACUUGUCUGAAGCCGUGAGUAGAAGUCCUCCUGCUGCUAAACUCACUUCUACAAACAGCACAGACAUUGUGAAACAAGGUUUGGUUGAAAAUUAUUUUGGUUCUCAGAGUAGCACUGAUAUUUCUGAAAUCAGCCCUGCAGAUGACCUUAGAUAUGUUACUCCUGAAAAAGAACUUUCAAAUUUGCAGUCAACUGGCCCACUUCUGCAAGAUGAUGAUGAGGAGGAACAGGAUGAAGAAAUGAUUGAAAAUGGCUAUUAUGAGGAAACUGAUGGCCCACUAUACAAGUCAGAAGAUCCUGAAUGUGAAGUUAUCCAUGAUUCAGCAAAUAACAAAUGUUUAAGAUCUGAACACAUUGGUUCUGAAUAUUUUAAAGAUGCCAUGACCAUGCCAGGAGUUUGCACGACUAGCUGUUUAUCCUUUUCCUAUACAUUAAAAGACUCCCCUUGUGGCACUGCAUUUACUCUAAGGAAUACAUCUGAUACUAUUACAAAGCAACCUGGUGGUGCACUGUUUGACACGUCAACAUCUAUUGCUUGGUAUGAAAGCUCUCCAAAACCAUUAAUGCUAGCAUUCCUGCAGGCCAAAGAAGAACUGAAGCAGUUGCGACUCCCAGGUUUUUUGUAUAGCGAUGUGCCUCAUUUGGCAUCCACAGUUCCAUACUUCAGCAUGGAGGAGGAUGACAGCUCUGAUGAGGGAAUCCAUUUGAUUGUCUGUGUCCAUGGACUAGAUGGUAAUAGCGCUGACCUUCGGUUGGUAAGAACAUACAUAGAACUUGGACUUCCUGGGGGGCGAAAAGAUUUCCUUAUGUCGGAGAGAAACCAGAAUGACACCUUUGCUGACUUUGAUUCAAUGACAGAUCGUCUCCUAGAUGAAAUUAUACAGUAUAUCCAAAUAUACAAUCUAGCCAUUUCCAGGAUCAGCUUUAUAGGUCACUCCUUAGGAAACCUAAUCAUAAGGUCUGUGCUUUCAAGACCAAGAUUCAAAUGCUACCUUGGCAAGUUGCACACUUUCCUGUCCUUAUCCGGUCCGCAUUUAGGUACCCUUUACAACAGCAGUGCCCUUGUUAAUACAGGCUUGUGGUUCAUGCAGAAGUGGAAAAAGUCGGGCUCACUUUUACAGCUAACGUGCAGAGAUCACUCUGAUCCUCGUCAGACCUUCCUGUACAAGCUAAGCAAGAAAGCAGGGCUGGAACACUUCAGAAAUGUUGUUCUGGUCAGUUCCUUACAGGAUCGAUAUGUUCCUUACCACUCAGCUCGUAUUGAGAUGUGCAAAACUGCUCUUAAGGACAAACAGUCAGGACCCGUGUAUGCGGAAAUGAUCCAAAACAUCCUCUUGCCUGUUCUGCAGAAUAAAGACUGCAAUCUAGUGCGAUACGACGUCAUUCACGCGUUACCUAACACAGCAAACUCUCUCAUCGGGCGAGCAGCCCACAUUGCGGUUCUUGAUUCUGAAGUCUUUUUAGAGAAAUUCUUUCUGGUUGCUGGCCUCCGAUAUUUCCAGUAGAAAGAGGACAUUUCCAGACAUUUAUGUAAUACCUCAUUGACAAUGAUUCUCAAAGUAUGUGGUAAUAAAGUGUUAGCUGCCAUUGUAUUUUGAGCUGUAUUUAUAUGUUCUUGGGUUUUCAUUUUUCCCCUUUUUUUCCCCCUUUUACUGGAAAAUAAUUUAUAUCAUCCAAUUUGUGAGUACAGGUGCAGUGUAGAUUUGUUAUUUAUAUCUACGGAGACUCUUGCCACCUCCUCUGAUUCCUAAGGUUUAAUUCCUUUUUUUUUUUUUAAAAAUGGAUUCUAAUGCUAUUUGUAAAUCUUCCUGAUUUUUAUGGAUUCUUCAUGAAGUUUAGUCUGCACCAUUAUCUGGGUGUGCCGCUUCUGCCAGUUUACUUAGAAAGUUGCUUAACCACCCUGAAAAGUUUGCUGACACGAUGGGUGAGGUCAGCUGGCCUGACCACAUAACAUGUCAUAUUGUUCAUCAUUUUCCUCCUUCAGUCAUGUGUUGCUGGCUCGAAAGGUUACGGUCUUAAAUGAUUUCUUUCUAUUGAUUAUGUGAUCGACCAUUCAUCUAAGCCACGGUAAACCAGCGUGACAGUGCGGAGCUGUCCUUCAUGUACCAAAGUUACCUAAAUGCUUGCUCUGUAAACAAUGGUGACCCUUGCAUGAUACCAUAGACCCUCUACACUGCCGACAUUAAGAAGAUGAGCUUAGACAGAUGUUGCACUAAUUCACUCAUUAUUUGCCAUCAUUGUUUCUGUAGUCAACGGUAUAGUGAUGGUUGGGUAUAUCUACCAGUUGGAGACGAGACUUGGCAGCACCUUCUAUUGCUUUUAUGAUGAUGCUAUAAAUGCCAUUGUAGUGAAUAAGAUUUAAUCAAACCCUAUUCACACUUUCCUAUGGCUAGGUCUACAUGACAACAUUUGUUGCGCGACAAUUUUUAUAAUGGUAGUCUAUGGUGUCGCACUGCAACAUGCGACAUGCUUC